GAGCACAGAAAGUGGGUGGGCAGGCAGUGUAAUUGACGGAGCAACUCCCUCUCCCCAUUCUCCUGUGUGUAUUCCAAAUCCUGAACAAGAUCUCUGGGUUUUCUUUAAAUAUGUCUUUAGGAGUUUAUCAGAUAUGGAAAUUUGGAUUUAGGGUUUCUCAUCCAAACCCCACCUUUUGAAAUCCCCAAACUAGAAAUGUAAAUGGAACAAAACCAAUCACCGAUAACAAGUAGUACUGAAGAGUAAUGAAUAAUUAGAAUGGUCUAGGGGCUUCGUGCGUGUUGAGAGGAUUAAUCACUUAGGCACUAGGUUAUUCGAGAAUGAAUCCAUGUUACCAGAGCAGCUUUCAUCGCGGGUGGUGUUAGGGUCUAGUCAUUGACACCUGUUUGACCUUGAGGGGCCUGGAAAUCCUGCAUUGGGGGCAGGAGAUGGAGGGGCUUGUUUGAUUUGUAGAUUCACCCCAGGACCUUCUGAAAUGGCAUUUCUUUUUAGUUAGUUCUGAAGCUUCCUCUUUUGCUUUUGCUUUUGCUGAUUGGGUCAGUGAGGAAAAAAAAAAAAGUAUUGCUAAUCUCAUUAUGACUGUGUUUUUAAAUGAAGUAAGUAGGUAGGAGAUCAGGGCUUUUAGCUUUAAAUCAUCAUUUUGUAGCAGAUCAGUGUCUAGUUUAGUGUUUCAGUAUUGCUCCUCUUGCUGGGUGGAUGAAACAGGCAGAUACGCAGAGCUAACUUCUCAUCUCUUUCCUUGUUGUUGGUUUCUCAGAGGAUUACCAUCUGCUGCGAACACAUAGUCUGGUUGAUGGAUGGGUCAUCCUCACGUCCGGCUCUCUUUGUCUCUGUGCCUCCCCCAUUCCCUUCUUCUCCUCCUGCUCUCACUUCUUGCACGUGUGUGUGCCCUCCGUCUCAUAAGCACAUCAAGUUUCCGUUUCUUUUGAUUGUUUAGGCCCUGCUGGAAAUUUCUGUUUUCUUCUGUCAGCAUCUUCAGGAGAAAUGUGUACACAAAGGCAAAAUGGCUUUCAAAGGAGGCUCCGUCCUCAUUUCCGUGCGUGGUGCAGACAUCAGAUUGAGGGCCAUUCAGCUGUACCUGACGCUGGUUCUCUCGGCAGCCUGGAGAUUAACCUCUUCUAAGGCUCUGAGCUAUUUUUGAGGUAGAGACUGCAACAACAUUAAAGCUAGAACCCAUUAGGAAAUCACUUUCAUCAUCUCUUCUUUUUCCAAAUCAGUGGGUUUUUUUUUUUUUUUUCUGAUCUCCUAACCCUUUAAUCUCCUUUGUAGCAGAACAAGGAGGCUGUUGGUUUGUGUUUGCAUCCAGCGAAGUUAGAAUCCUUGAUAACAGCUUCAGAAGACACCAAGAUAUUAAGAGAACUGCACAGAGAGAUGAAUUUCAUCUCCGGGUGGAUGACUCAAUGCUGAAGGUGCCCUCCUUUCCUUGUGCAGGACCAGAAUUUUUGUUGAUGUUGUGCAAACCAGUCUCAAAAUUUCCGAAAGACACGCAGCAGAAAGCCUUUUGUUGCAUUAUUUCUAAAGGCUUGAAGUUUUGAAGGGAAGAGAUUUUGUUUUCCUCUCGGGCUACACAAUGGAGCUUUCAGAGAACCUCUUUUAAAAGGAAUAGCUACAGCCUUUGUGUUGAAGGGUGUGUCUGUUGGCAGGGUCUGCUGAUGCAGACAGACUGGCUGGUGAUUAACAAAGGUCAUUAGACUUUGGAAUCUGGCAAGCAGAGUCGGAUGGUAUGUCUUCUGUGUGUGGAAGGACGACUCCCAAGAAGCCAAGGCAUUCUGGAGGUCCCCCCAACCCACCCCCAAAUCCUCCUGUGGAACAGGGUCUGGUCCAGGAUAUCGUCUUGCAAUUACCAGUGCUCUGCUGGGACUAACGAACAAGCUUAUCAAUCAUGGGAUAAAAGAACCUUCCGAGAUCUUGGUGAAUGACAUUUGAGGAGGAGAAAGGUGCUGCCUUUCGGAAAGCAAUGAAAACAGUUCAUUCUUUGUUGGGAGGAGAAGAGCAUAGGAGGAGCCCAGCCUGUUCUUCUACUGCUCAUUUCUGAUUGUCAGCCUAGCAGAAUCCCAGAGAAGCCAUGUUGUGCACGGAGGAGAAGCUCUGAGCUAAAAUGGCUGCUCCUUAAAGCUCAGAGGACUAGGGCAGCUUAGUGAGUCUUAGAGCUUCAGUGACGCAGGAGCUCAUAUCUCUUGAAAGUGUGAUAAACACAUUCAGCAGAGCUGUGGCUUGUUUGGCUGAGAUGAAAGGGCUAGGCUUGGGGGAUGGGGAGUGCACACUGGAUGAUCUGCUUUUUUCUGUGAAGUGUUCUAAAUGCAGGAGUCGUCUGCACCAUGGAAAAAUUUGUUUUCAGGUCUAAUGGACUGUGCGAAAGGAGAAGUGGGGUGGGGCCUCAGUGACUGCUGUAAUUUGAUCCAGAGCUGAUAGCAACCUCUUCCACACAAUUUGGGUUGGUGCUUAGGCAUAAAAGCUUGUGUAUCUGGAAUAUUGAGACUUAGUUAGCUGAAAAGACUCUGGCGCACAGUUCAGUGUUUAUUGAAAAAGGAUAAAUUGCUGGGUGAAAGAAGAGGAGGUAAAUAUCUGUGUCUCACUCUGCAAGCUCAGUCUGUCCAGAGCUCGACUUGCCAGAAGUUAUUUUAGCAGGCUAUCAGCAGGAGCAUUCUUUCAUAGAAAAUCCGCCCGCAAUGGCUCCUUUCUCCACGUUGACAUAUCACUAGACUUUGUUCCCCCUGCAGAAACAAUUUACCUUUUGCCAGAAAAGUAUAGAAGCUUGCUGUACAAUAAAAGUAUAGAAAGAUUUGGCUACAGCUUUAGUUCUUGGACAUCUGGUUCUAGAUUACGGUGAUUCAGUAGAGUUUGCGGUGAGCUCAAUGAAGUUAACUCACCGAUUAAGAUAAUAACCGGCUAUCUCAACUCAAGGUAUAUAUUAAGAUAGGACAAACUGCACCUUCUAAUACAUUUUUAACUUCUUAAUGGUGAGCCUUUCCAUUGAAUUAAUGUGAAGCCAUCUAUGUCUUUCAGUCACACAGUGAAUACCAGAAUGAAGGGAGCCGGGCAAGUUUUGCUUGAUUCUACAUCAGGUUCACAGUUUUUUGCGUGCGAGCAUACGCUUCACGUUUGUGAAGGAGAGAAGUGGGAAAAGAGAAAGUCAUGACUUAGAAGCCCCUCUUCAAAACUGUGUCUGUUACCUUAAUGUAAAUUGAGGUACCAAGGUUCCUAAUGUGAGAAGGUAGGCCCAGAUCAUGGAGGUGCUUCAGUGCGAUGGCUGUGACUUCAGAGCCCCGUCUUAUGAAGAUCUCAAGGCGCACAUUCAGGAUGUCCACACGGCAUUUCUGCAGCCAACUGAUGUUGCUGAAGACAAUGCUAACGAGCCACGAUCCGGGUCCAUGAAUGCCAGUAAUCAGACAGAGGUGGAGUAUUCCUCUAUAAAGGACGAAUUUGCAAUCGCAGAGGAUUUAUCAGGUCAAAAUGCAACCGCAUUGGGGACCGGAAGCUACUAUGGCCACAGUCCAGGAUAUUACGGUCAGCAUAUUGCCCCUAAUCCCAAACCAACAAACAAGUUUUUUCAAUGCAAGUUCUGCGUCCGCUACUUCAGGUCAAAAAACCUCCUCAUCGAACACACAAGGAAGGUCCACGGAGCUCAAGCUGAAGGGAGUUCGGCGGGACCCCCUGUUCCCGGAUCCUUAAAUUAUAAUAUCAUGAUGCACGAGGGAUUUGGAAAGGUCUUCUCUUGCCAGUUUUGCACAUACAAGUCACCGAGGAGGGCAAGAAUCAUUAAGCAUCAGAAAAUGUAUCACAAAAACAACUUGAAGGAGACCACGGCUCCCCUCCCUGCCCCUGCUCCAAUGCCAGACCCCGUGGUCCCACCCGUGUCUCUGCAGGACCCCUGCAAAGAACUGCCGGCAGAGGUCGUGGAGCGCAGCAUCUUGGAGUCUAUGGUCAAGCCUUUGACCAAGUCUCGAGGCAACUUUUGCUGUGAGUGGUGCAGCUACCAGACCCCCCGCCGGGAACGCUGGUGCGACCACAUGAUGAAGAAGCAUCGCAGUAUGGUCAAGAUCCUUUCCAGCCUCAGACAGCAGCAAGAAGGGACGAACCUCCCCGAAGUGCAGAACAAAAGCGCCCCCAGCCCCACUUCCAAUUCCACCUAUCUGUCCAUGAAUGCUGCCAGCCGGGAGAUGCCCAGCGCUAACGUCUCCAACUUCCGCGGCUCCAUCAGUAACUCCAUCAUGAGACCCAAUUCCUCGUCCGCUUCCAAGUUUUCACCCGUGUCUUACCCGCAGAUGAAGCCGAAGUCCCCUCACAACUCUGGCCUGGUUAACUUGGCGGAGAGAUCGCAUUACGGGAUGGCUGACAUGACCAACUCCUCUGCUGACCUGGAAACUAACAGCAUGCUGAAUGACUCCAGUUCUGAUGAGGAGUUGAACGAAAUAGACAGUGAGAAUGGCUUAAAUGCCAUGGAUCACCAGACUUCCGGCAUGUCUGCGGAGCAGCUGAUGGGCUCAGAUGGCAACAAAUUGUUGGAGACCAAGGGGAUUCCGUUCCGAAGGUUCAUGAAUAGGUUCCAGUGCCCCUUUUGUCCUUUCCUCACUAUGCAUCGACGCAGCAUCUCCCGUCACAUAGAAAACAUCCACUUGUCCGGAAAGACUGCCGUCUAUAAAUGUGACGAGUGUCCGUUUACUUGCAAGAGCUCGUUAAAACUCGGCGCUCACAAACAGUGUCACACGGGUACAGCGUCAGAUUGGGAUGCCGUGAAUUCGCAGAGUGAGAGCAUUUCUUCUUCGCUGAAUGAAGGUGUGGUGUCUUACGAGAGCUCGAGCAUCAACGGGAGGAAGUCAGGAGUCCUGCUGGAUCCCUUGCAGCAGCAACAGCCACCGCCGCCGCCGCCGCCGCCACCACCGCCUCCGUCCCAGCCGCAGCCACCGCAGCUACAGCCGCCGCACCAGGUACCGGCGCAGCCGCAGCCCCAGCCCGCACCGACGCAGCAGCCGCAGCCUCCCGUGCCAGCCCCGCCCCUGCACCCUUACAAGUGCACCAUGUGUAGUUACUCCACCACGACUCUGAAAGGGCUGCGAGUCCAUCAGCAGCACAAACACUCGUUCUGUGACAACUUGCCAAAAUUCGAGGGGCAGCCCUCAAGCCUGCCACUGGAAAGCGAGACAGACAGCCACCCCUCUUCCAGCAACACUGUGAAGAAAAGCCAGACCUCAAUUCUUGGGUUGUCCUCCAAGAACAAUUUUGUAGCUAAGGCCUCCCGGAAGCUCGCCAAUGACUUUCCCCUCGAUUUAUCGCCCGUGAAGAAGAGAACUAGGAUUGACGAGAUAGCCAGCAACCUGCAGAGCAAAAUUAACCAAACGAAGCAGCAGGAGGACGCGGUGAUCAAUGUGGAGGACGACGAGGAGGAAGAGGACGACAACGAAGUGGAGAUAGAGGUGGAGUUGGACAGGGAGGAAGAGCCGACGGAGCCAGUCAUGGAGGUGGCCACUUCCUUUUCGGCCCAGCAGAUCUGGGCAAGAGAUGCCGGGGAGCCCCAGAAGGAGCCCAACUUCAGAAGCGUCACCCACGAUUACAACGCCACCAACGGCGCGGAGAUUGAGCUCACCCUGUCUGAAGAUGAAGAGGAUUAUUACGGCUCCUCAACAAACAUGAAAGAUCACCAGGUCGCCAACACCGCUCUGCUGAACACUCAGACUCCUAUCUACGGAACCGAGCACAAUAGCGAGAACACAGACUUUGGUGACUCCGGAAGGCUUUACUAUUGCAAACACUGUGACUUUAACAACAAAUCUGCCCGGAGCGUCAGCACCCACUACCAACGAAUGCACCCGUACAUUAAAUUCAGCUUUAGGUACAUCUUGGACCCCAACGAUCACAGUGCAGUGUACAGGUGCCUGGAAUGCUACAUCGAUUACACCAACUUUGAAGACCUGCAGCAGCACUACGGCGAACACCACCCAGAAGCCAUGAAUGUACUCAACUUCGACCAUUCGGACCUGAUCUACCGGUGUCGGUUUUGUUCCUACACGAGCCCGAAUGUCCGAAGCCUGAUGCCACAUUACCAAAGAAUGCAUCCCACGGUGAAGAUUAACAACGCAAUGAUAUUUUCCAGCUACGUCGUGGAGCAGCAGGAAGGGCUGAGUACGGAAUCCCAGACGCUGAGGGAGAUUCUGAAUUCGGCCCCCAAGAGCAUGGCGACUUCCACUCCCGUGGCUCGCGGUGGCGGUCUGCCAGCUACAUUUAAUAAAAGCACUCCUUCAAAGACCUUUACUCCAGAAUGUGAAAAUCAGAAGGACCCCUCAGUUAACACUGUUGUCGUUUACGAUUGUGACGUUUGCUCGUUCGCAAGCCCCAACAUGCAUUCUGUCUUGGUUCAUUAUCAGAAGAAACACCCUGAAGAAAAGGCUUCCUACUUUAGGAUCCAGAAAACCAUGCGAAUGGUGUCUGUGGACAGGGGCUCUGCCCUUUCUCAAUUAUCAUUUGAGGUGGGUGCUCCAAUGUCUCCCAAAAUGUCCAACAUGGGUUCCCCACCCCCCCCACAACCCCCGCCACCAGACCUCAGUACUGAGCUUUACUACUGCAAACACUGUUCCUACAGCAAUCGGUCAGUUGUGGGAGUGCUUGUCCACUACCAGAAAAGACACCCAGAAAUAAAGGUUACUGCCAAAUAUAUCAGACAGGCUCCUCCCACAGCUGCAAUGAUGAGAGGGUCCGAGGGGCCCCAAGGCUCCCCCCGGCCACCCGCCCCCAUGCAACAGCUGAACCGAAGCAGCUCUGAGAGAGAAGGCCCUCCUGUGGAGAAUGAGAUGUUCUUUUGCCAGCACUGUGAUUACGGGAACCGGACGGUCAAAGGUGUACUCAUUCACUAUCAGAAGAAGCACCGAGACUUCAAGGCCAACGCGGACGUGAUCCGGCAACACACGGCCACCAUCCGAAGCCUCUGUGACCGCAACCAGAAGAAGCCUGCCAGCUGUGUGCUUGUCGCCCCCUCUGCCGUGGAGCGGGACAAAACCAAACUGCGAGCGCUCAAGUGUAGGCAGUGCUCGUAUACCUCCCCCUACUUCUAUGCACUGAGGAAGCAUAUCAAGAAAGACCACCCUGCCCUGAAGGCCACAGUCACGUCCAUCAUGCGGUGGGCAUUUCUAGACGGCUCGAUAGAAGCUGGCUACCACUGCGAGUGGUGCAUCUACUCCCACACAGAGCCCAGCGGUUUGCUCCUACAUUACCAGAGGAGGCAUCCGGAGCACUAUGUUGACUAUACUUACAUGGCUACCAAACUCUGGGCCGGGCCCGACCCAUCCCCUCCCUCUCUCACCAUGCCCGCCGAAGCCAAAACGUACAGAUGCCGAGACUGUGUUUUCGAGGCCAUGUCCAUCUGGGACAUCACCAAUCACUACCAAGCAUUCCAUCCCUGGGCCAUGAAUGGUGACGAGUCGGUGCUGCUGGAUAUCAUCAAGGAGAAAGACGCCGUCGAGAAUGUCAUCCCUCCGUCCGAAGAGCUGGUGGGCCCCGUGAAUUGUGACAACAGUAUGCCCGCUCCGCUCCCCGAGCAGGACGCCGAAUGCCCGGAGGAUGCCCGGCUUUCCCCCGAGAAAAGCAUCCAGCUGGCCUCCGCCAACCCCGCCAUAUCGUCCACCCCAUACCAGUGCACCGUGUGCCAGUCCGAAUAUAACAACCUGCACGGCCUCCUCACCCACUAUGGGAAGAAGCACCCCGGCAUGAAGGUGAAGGCUGCUGACUUCGCCCAGGACAUCGACAUCAACCCGGGCGCCGUCUACAAAUGCAGGCAUUGCCCGUACAUCAACACCCGCAUCCACGGCGUCCUGACCCAUUACCAGAAGCGACACCCGGCCAUCAAGGUGACCGCUGAGGACUUCGUGCACGACGUGGAGCAGUCUGCCGACAUCGCCCAGAACGACGUGGAGGAGACGAGCAGGAUCUUCAAGCAAGGCUACGGCGCCUACCGCUGCAAACUGUGUCCGUACACGCACGGCACCUUGGAGAAGCUCAAAAUCCACUACGAGAAGUAUCACAAUCAGCCUGAAUUUGAUGUGUUUUCCCAGUCGCCCCCGAAGCUGCCAGUCUCCCUCGAGCCCGAGAUGACCACUGAGGUGAGCCCCUCCCAGGUGUCCAUCACCGAGGAGGAGGUGGGAGAGGAGCCCGUGUCCACGUCUCACUUCUCUACCUCGCACCUGGUCUCCCACACGGUGUUCCGCUGCCAGCUGUGCAAGUACUUCUGCUCCACGAGGAAGGGCAUCGCCAGGCACUACCGCAUCAAGCACAACAACGUGCGAGCCCAGCCCGAGGGCAAGAACAACCUCUUCAAGUGCGCCCUGUGCGCCUACACCAACCCCAUCCGCAAAGGGCUGGCGGCCCACUACCAGAAGCGCCACGACAUCGACGCCUAUUACACGCACUGCCUGGCGGCCUCCAGGACCAUCAGCGACAAGCCCAGCAAGGUGAUCAUCCCGUCCCCGCCCAAGGACGACUCCCCGCAGCUCAGCGAGGAGCUCCGGCGGGCCGUGGAGAAGAAGAAGUGCUCCCUGUGCUCCUUCCAGUCCUUCAGCAAGAAGGGCAUCGUGUCCCAUUACAUGAAGCGCCACCCGGGGGUGUUCCCCAAGAAGCAGCACGCCAGCAAGCUGGGCGGCUACUUCACCGCCGUCUAUGCCGACGAGCACGAGAAGCCGCUGCUGUUGGAAGAGGAGGAGAGAGGCAGCUUCGAGAAAGCCGAGGUGGAGGGAGGCGAGGCCCAGGAGAUCGAGUGGCUCCCGUUCCGCUGCGUCAAGUGCUUCAAGCUGUCUUUCAGCACGGCGGAGCUGCUGUGUAUGCAUUACACUGACCACCACAGUCGGGACCUGAAGAGGGACUUCGUCAUUCUGGGCAGCGGCCCCCGCUUGCAGAGCCCCGCCUACCAGUGUAAGCACUGUGAUAGCAAACUGCAAAGCACAGCGGAGCUGACCUCACACUUGAACAUUCACAAUGAGGAAUUCCAGAAGCGUGCCAAACGUCAGGAGAGGAGGAAACAGCUUUUGAGCAAGCAGAAAUAUGCAGAUGGUGCUUUUGCAGAUUUCAAACAAGAGAGGCCUUUUGGUCACUUAGAAGAGGUGCCAAAGAUCAAGGAGAGGAAGGUGGUGGGCUACAAGUGUAAAUUCUGUGUGGAAGUGCACCCGACGCUCCGAGCCAUCUGCAAUCAUCUCCGGAAACACGUCCAGUACGGCAGCGUCCCGGCCGUGUCCGCCGCUGUGAAGGUUGGACCUUCUUCAUCUUACGUGUCUCGACCUGGUCGCGUUUCGAUCUGGUUCCCUUCCACGCGGAUAGUUUGGUGGAAACAGAAGAUCCGGGCCUCUCGCAGGAGGCCGAAGACCCCUCCCACUUGUUCCUGGAUGGAUUGGAAGCAGCCAAAGAUGCCACUGGCGCCCUGGUGGACCGGGUGGAUGGGGCUGCGUUCUCAUGAGAGGAGCCAUCUGGCCCUGGCCAUGUUUACCCGCGAGGACAAGUACAGCUGCCAGUAUUGCUCCUUUGUUUCCGCUUUCAGGCACAAUUUGGAUCGCCACAUGCAAACCCACCACGGACACCAUAAACCAUUCCGAUGCAAACUCUGCUCCUUCAAGUCCUCCUAUAACAGCCGGCUGAAAACACAUAUACUCAAAGCUCAUGCUGGUGAACAUGCCUACAAGUGUUCUUGGUGCUCGUUUUCCACCAUGACAAUCAGCCAGUUGAAGGAACACUCCCUCAAGGUCCACGGAAAAGCCCUGACCCUCCCCAGGCCACGGAUUGUCAGUCUGCUCUCCUCACACGCUCACCACUCCUCCCAGAAAGCCACCCCUGCCGAAGAAGUAGAAGACUCUAAUGACUCCUCCUACUCAGAACCUCCAGAUGUUCAGCAGCAGUUGAACCACUACCAGUCCGCUGCCCUGGCAAGGAACAACAGCCGUGUUAGCCCCGUGCCUCUUUCUGGGGCCGCCGGGGGUGCUGAGCAGAAAACCGAAGCUGUUCUUCACUGCGAAUUCUGUGAAUUCUCCUCUGGCUACAUCCAGAGCAUCAGACGCCAUUACAGGGACAAGCACGGCGGGAAGAAGCUCUUCAAGUGCAAAGACUGCUCCUUUUACACAGGCUUUAAAUCUGCUUUUACUAUGCACGUGGAAGCCGGGCAUUCGGCGGUUCCUGAGGAGGGCCCCAAAGAUCUCCGCUGUCCUCUCUGCCUCUAUCACACCAAAUACAAACGCAACAUGAUCGACCACAUCGUGCUGCACCGAGAAGAGCGCGUCGUCCCCAUUGAGGUGUGCCGUUCCAAACUGUCAAAAUACUUGCAGGGAGUAGUUUUCCGCUGUGAUAAGUGUACCUUCACCUGCUCCAGUGACGAGAGCCUCCAGCAACACAUAGAAAAGCACAAUGAACUGAAACCUUACAAAUGCCAGCUCUGCUACUACGAGACCAAGCACACGGAGGAGCUGGACAGCCACCUUCGGGACGAGCAUAAGGUGAGCCGUAACUUUGAGCUGGUUGGACGGGUUAACUUGGAUCAGCUGGAACAGAUGAAGGAAAAGAUGGAGAGCUCCAGCAGUGAUGACGAGGACAAGGAAGAAGAAAUGAACAGCAAGGCUGAUGACAGAGAUCUGAUGAGAUUUGCUGACCAUGGGGCUGCUAUUAACACUGAGAAGCGUUUUCCAUGUGAAUUUUGCGGACGGGCGUUCUCACAGGGCUCUGAGUGGGAAAGGCACGUGCUCAGACACGGCAUGGCGUUGAAUGACACCAAGCAGGUGACCAGAGAAGAAAUCCACCUGAAGGAGAGUGUGGAGGACAGUAUUAAGAUGCCCUCUAUAGAGGAAAAGGAAGAUGAUGAGGCAAUCGGGAUAGACUUUUCCCUAAAGAGUGAAACAGUAGCCAUCUGUGUAGUAGCUGCUGACAAAUCUCUCCUGGAGAAUGCAGAGGCCAAAAAAGAAUAAGCGUUUGGUGAACUUCUUAAUCAAACCGUACUUGAACCGUGAUGAGAAAGUGGGGAGGGCCAGCUUGGGCUGAGAAGGGCGGGGACAGAAAAGAAGACAGAACAAAGCUGCUUUUUAGGACUGAACAAUCUAUUUUCAAAGCACUGGUACCUGUGUGAGUGAGUAUGUAAAUUAAAGUUAUUUAAAUGGUUGGAAUAUGUGGCUCCUUUUCCAUCACUACACCUUUUCUUCUGGAUCUUCAUCAUGGAAGUGUCAUUUGUUGCGGAAUAUGGAAGCACCUCCCAUGCACACGGUGUGCUCUGUGGUGGUCUUGGACAGGAUGUGGAAACAGAAGCUCCGUGACAGUACAAGACUUCUCUUAGGGGAACAACUUUUUGACGCACAUCUUUCGGUGCGUUUUUCUAGUUUUAAUACCUUAAGCUUUUUCAAGACCUAACUGCAGCCGCUUUGGGAAAAAACAAACAAACAAAAAAAAACACAAAAAAACAAAAAACAAAAACAGAAAACAAAAAAACUGCUUUGCAUAAAACAGUCACCUGUUUCCUAGUACCUCAAACUUAACCAAGGGAAUUCUCUGCAUUUGUCAGUACUACCUGUCGUCGUUGUGGUUAAAUGUAGAGAGAACUGCUGGGCAAGAUGGUGAAUGGAGAAAAAAAAAAGAGAGUUUUAAAGAAAGGAACACAAAUUGUGCUUAAAAUCCCCACGUGGGUUUUAUUUCUUAAAAUACUGUGAUUUUUUUAAUUAUUUUAGUAAAAAACAAAACAAAAAAAAGAAACAGACUUUAAUUAUUAGAUAACUGUUUGUGAAUUGUCAUCCUUUAUUCCAGGUAAGCUGUUUAUUAGUGUUCAACUAUAAUUUAGAAUUUGGUAGAUUCAUGUGAGCUAAUUUUACGGUGACUGUGGAGUUUUGUUUGCCACAUGUUUAUUUUCUAUCAAUUUGAGUGUUACAAACACAGCACAAUUCAGUUUUCACAUAAAUUGUUUUUUAUGUGCGUGUUAUUGUUGUUUUAAUUUGGGGGUAAGGGAGAUUUAGUUUUUUGUGAAUAGGAAUGUCUUUAUUUUAAACAUGGAAAUAACAAAGAAGUUAACUUUUUUUCCCCCUUAAUUUAACUAAAGAACCAAACUUUUCGGCACAGCUAUGCAGCUUGUGGGCCAGACGAGGAAGUCCUCUUCACCCUUUUGUUGCUUGUCAAUUAACACAUUAUCCGUCUCACACAAAUAAUUUCUGUUAGGAUGGGCUGGCUUUUGUGUGUGAUUUAAAAAUCUGUGUUCUGUUUUUGUUUGCAUUGUGUUUUGGGGGAGGGUUUUUUUCAUUUAUUUUGUGGAACAAGGGGAUAUGCUAGAAUCCCAUCCCUUUGGUGAGUGGACAAGAAAUACUUAUAUCCUAUAAGGAGCCUGGAGAACUACUUUUUUUUUUUUUUUUUUUUUUAAUGUAGCUGCCAGCUGCUCUGUUUCCCAAUAUUAGCUUUUUCAGGAGGGAGCAGCUUAGACUAAAUCUAAGUCUACAUUUAUAAUAUGUUCUGAUUGUGAACAAAGGGUUUCAUUCCAAAAAGUAGAAAAGAACUUUCCUUGAAGCCUAGGUUAUAGAAGCCUGUGUGCGUGUGUGCUUGGAUGUGUGUGUGCUCGUGUGUAUGCGUGUGUGUGAGUCCUUUGGUUUUCAUGUUUUGUUUUUUUUGUUUUUUGUUUUUUUUUUUUUUACUUGGAAGGGUUGUGGGAGGGGGAGGGUAGAAAGGGGCAGGGAAUCCUGAGAUGACAGUGUCCCACACAGCUUCAAAUAAAAUCCAUGGAAAGAUAUUGCAUUUGUGGAAUAGGUGCUUACUUGAAAAGCAUGUUCUUCUUUUAUUUUCUUGCUGUUAAAAAGUUUUAUUUGUAGGAAGUUUCUUUUAAUUUAAUUUUUUUUUUUUUAGGGAUGGGGGCCAUCAUGUGGAAACCAGACAAUGGGGAAAGUGUGAUCUAGACAAAGAUAACAUUUUGUGUCCAUAUUUGUUUUUAAUUGGCCUCAUUUCAAAUGUAUUAAACAGUUCCAUACCUGGAUUGGGUGUUUGUAUGGUUACCAAAAAAAAAAAAAAAAAACAAACAAAAAAAACAAAAAAACAAAAACAAAACAAAAAAAAAAUCAAGCAAAAAAAAAAGGAAAGAAAGAAAGAAAAAGGAAAAAAAAACAGAAAAUAAUUGUGACAUGCUUUUAUCACUACUUUAUUUUUCAAAUAACAUGUAAAUAUUGUAAUCCAUUGGAUUUUGUUUUGCUAACCUGUUAAUAAAAAUAUGGGACCAUUAUCCUUUUAACAAGGCUAGAAUGUCAUUUUUUUCUUUUUUCAAACAUAUACCUGAUAUUUUGUGGCCGCACAUUUUGGAUGCAUUAUUAUAAUUCUGUUGACUGUAAUGACAUAGAAUUUACAACAUUUUUUUGUUUAAUUUAUACAGAGGACAUUUUUUUUUUCAGAGCUUGAGAGAAGAUAAAUAGCAAAAUGAGAACCUGUUGACUCCAAUAAUCAGUGUUUCCCAAUACUUGAUAGGAGAGAGGGAGAUUCUGAGUUCUUGAAGCCAAGGGUUUAAAAAACAACAAAACACACCAGUAGGUUAUUCAAGUUGUUUGCAACAUACAUUUUGUAAUGAAAUGUGAGAAAUUAAUAAAGAAUUUUUUUCACAUGUG